AUGUUUAAAAGCAAAAUAAACCUGGGCAAUAAAAACUUCCUCGGCAACAAGGACAGGAAAAAAUUAGCCGUAACGAUCAAGACGACAUUCAACUUGGAAAGUGACGAACAAGUGGAUGAAAUUUUAGACAAAGAAAACACAAGUAUCUGUAAAGUGCAAAAAACAAAAAUAACGAUAUACCUUUCGAAAAACAUCCCAGUUUUAUUCUCCAUCAAAAAUGACAUUUUUCCAACCGUGUACACAUUAUGGAAAUUCCCACAAAUAAUUCCUUGUUUUGUAAUUUAUCCACCUGCAUCUGAAUUCUUGCUAAAGGGGGCGGAUUUAAUGAUUCCAGGUAUAUGCAAAGAUAUUGACGAUGUAGAAAAAUUAAAAGAAGGAAAUAUAUGGGGAGUUCGAGUUUUUAAUAACCCACAUAUAUUUGCCGUUGGCUAUUGCGUAGUUGACUAUGAUAAUAAUAAUUAUUUUUAUGAUUUAAAAGGAAAGUGUUUAAAAAUUGUUCAUAUAUUUAAUGAUGAAUUGUGGAAAUUAGGUUCACAAACAGUUCCCCAUAGUAGCUUUCAGAAUAAAAUUAUUGAUUCGGUGGAAAAUGUCAUAGACAAUUUUGAUGAUUUUAAAGUAUAUGAUGAAAAUAAAGGGAAAAAAAAAACAAAAUCGAAAAAUAAACAACGGGAAGAUAAAAAAAAAAAUUAUCACAAUGGUUGUAGUAAUGCUAAAUGUGGCCCUCAGCAUGUGCAUAAUCACGACCACGAGGAUGAGGAAGAUGGGCAAGACAAUGAUGAGGAAGAUGGACACGAAGAUUUCCAAGACGAUUUCCAAGACGAUUUCCAAGACGAUUUCCAAGACGAUUUCCAAGAUGAUUACCAAGACGAUUGCCAAGAAGAUUGCCAAGAAGAUUGCCAGGACGAUGGACGUUAUAGAGCAUUUACUGAUGAUGAAAGUGAACACGAGAAACAUAAUGGUAGAGAUGAAAAAAACGUUCAAUUAAUGGAAAAUAAAUCCAAACCGAAAAGCACAAAUGAAAAAAGCCUAGUAAACUUUUAUAAACACUUCAAUGUAAUAUUAUCUAAAAGGAGUCUUCCAAAAGGGGGAACGCUUCCAGCUAGUGGCAAAAGUGUUAACAAGAAAAUAACAAACUCAAGUCAAGAAAAAAAAAAAAAAAUAGAAACUUUUCAGAUAAAGAAGGACCCCUCAAAUGAAAUAGCCAAAAAAAAGUGUUCAGUUGACCUCGAUUCAAUAGACCAGAAUUAUUUACAUCUAAACACAACUAGUGAUGCAAAAAGGGAAAAACAAAAGAAUCAAAGCUUGGUUGAUAGCUAUGGAACUGAACAAGAGAAAGAAGAGGUACUAAAAAAAGCGAUAGAUCAUACUCAUAACAAAACAGACAUAAUGAAUAAGUGGGAAGAAUUUUCAGAAGAAGAAACUUUACAAACUAACAAAGAAGAUAAAACAGAUGCAAGUAAAAAUGAAGGGAAUAAUAUAAUAGAAUCAGAAAAGAUAAAAAAUUCCCACGAUGAAAAAUCAAGUGAAUCAUCCUUAGUAGAUGAUGUUAACGUAAACGUGACACACAAAACUAGUGAAAAUAAUAUAUUCGAACUAAGCAGUGAACAACAAGAUUUGUUACUAUUAUACCUCUUUCUGGAAGUAGUACAAUCAUUGAAUGAUGAUCAUUUACCAUUAGAAGUAUCAGCAAUAUACAGUAAAAUGUCUAAAGAAUUUUUAUACGUUCAUCGAAAUGAAACUUUUCUGAGUGAGUUACAAAAACGUGAUGUAUCUCUUGACAUUAUAAAUAAAAUAAAAAAAAAAGAAUUGAAGAUUGAAUUAGAUGUGAAAAAAUCCACACAUAAGAAAAUCAUUAAAUUCAUUCAGUAUUGCUCAAAAAUGAAACUAAUAAAGAUAAAAGAAAACAGAAAUAUUGUAUCCGUUGUCAAUAUACGUAAGGGAAGUUCUAUCAUCUCAUCGUACAAACCCAUGACUAUUGAUGAGAAAAAAAAGUGCGAAAUAGGAGAAGGAGAUCAAAAUGGUUUACCUGUAAGGAGUGAAAUGGACAAGGUAUUAAAAAAUAACCAACAAGACAAAAGUGGAAGAAACGAAUUGACUAAUAAAGGUGCCCAAGUAUUGGAGUUUUACAUUCCAACAUCCAAAACGGUUAACAUAUUCAAAUGCGUUGAUAAGACAGCAGGAAAAAAUUCCUACUACAAUAUUAAUCAACUAAAAGACAUAUUAAAAUCGUAUGUACAGAAUCAGAAUUUACAAAACAGUAAAGAAAAUAAUCUCGUAAAGUUAAACGAUGAAUUACGCAACUUUUUGAAUCCUACAAACGAAUCUUCCUUUAUAGCUUAUGAAUCCCUUCUAAAUCAUUUCAUUUCGAUUCAACAACCAUGCUAUGCAAUAGUAAAAGAAGGUGCCAAUUUUGACGUAGAUCCAAUUAAAGUAACAAAAGGGAAAUGCCCAUCCAUUCAUAUCUACGCAGUUGCAAGAAUGAAAGGGAAAAAAUAUGUAACACAUAUAACCAAUUUGUUACUUUUUCAUGUGGAUCUUAACAAAUUCUCAGAACACAUUCAAAAAUUGCUAGCUUGUUCAUGUUCUAUUAUCAUUUCUCCUUCUACAAAAAAAGAGGAAGUCCUUGUUCAGGGAAAUGUUGUAAAUUUGAUACAUGACAUUUUAGUUACGAAUUAUAGCCUCCCAAGGAAGUAUAUUGUGCUUAAUUCGAAGUAA